UUAAGGUGCUGUGUUGAUUUUGUGUUUUAAGGUGCUGUGUCGCUAUAAAAAUGCUAGGAACAUCGACCUCAAAUUCAAACCGGCAUUUUUAACAGGAGUCAUUUACGGCUCAGGUAACCAGCCUGCUGUAGUGAACCCUAGUAAGCUUAUUUACAUGGUCUCAGAUCUGAAGCUGGCAUCUGAGUAUUUUGGAGUCCCAAUGUUUCGACCUUCAAAGCUUUCUGAGAAAGACUCUUUGAAUGCGAUGCGUUUUGUGACAGCUGUAGCAGAGAAGGGAAUAGAGGGAGACACACUGGAAAGGGUGUCUAGAGAGCUCUGGACGAGAAAGUGGCGCACUCAUCAGGACAUUACCCAGCCUGCCUCACUUACUGAUGCAGGAUUAAAGGCAGGUCUCUCAGCCAAUGAGGUGGAGGAAAUUCUGACUCUCUCCACAUCUCAGCCAAUCAAAGACAAGCUGAAGAGUGUCACAGAAGAGACACUAGAGUAUAAAUGCUUUGGUUUUCCGUUUAUCGUGUGUCAUGUGAACGGGAAGGCCAAAGUGUUCUUUGGUUCUGACAGAUUUGAGCUCAUGGCGUAUUUCAUCGGAGAGAAGUGGGUGGGGCCUCACCCUGACAAGCCUACAGCCCAGAUGUGAUCACUACUCCUCCAUACUAUGUCUAUCUGAACAACUUCUAAAUACAAUUUUAAAGUACUGUA